CUGAGCCGUCAUGGCUGCGCCCGUUUAACCUGGGACCAGCGCUAAGGGGACUGUGACAGGCGCGGGCCUGCGGGGAUAGGAGUCACCAUGCUGCGGGCCGCGUGGCGCGCGCUGAGCUCCGUUCGUGCCCAGGCAGUGGCACAGGACCUGGUCUCUGCGCUGCGGGGCGGAGGCAGCGCCAGUCUGCCCUCAGUACGCUGCGGCCUGCAACCUCCGAGUCUCCUGCAUGCCGCUCGUAGCUACGCCAUCUGGAAACCAGUCCAGACCAAACAGCAUGAUGAACUACCCCCUUCCACAAUCAUCAAAGACUACAAGGACGUCAUCCCCAGCAUGGAAAAGGUUGAUGAUGUUGUGAAAAGAAUCUUGUCUUUGGAAAUGGCCAACAAGAAAGAGAAGUUAAAAAUCAAGCAAGAACAAUUGAUGAACAAGACUGUGGAAAACCCUGAAGAUACCAGAACCUUGGAAGCUCGAAUUGUUGCCUUGACUGUCAAGAUCCACAAUUAUGAAGAACAUAUGCAGAAACAUCGAAAGGACAAAGCCCACAAGCGCCAUCUGCUGAUGAGCAUCGACAAGAGGAAAAAGAUGCUCAGAAUCCUCCGUCAGACCAAUUAUGAUGUCUUUGAGAAGACGUGCAGGGAGCUGGGGGUGGAAUAUACCUUACCCCCUCUGCAUUUCCACAGGGUCCACCGCCGCUUCUUGGCCAAGAAGGCUCUGUGCAUUCGGGUUUACCAGGAGGUGCAAAAGCUGAAGAAGCAAAAACGGGCCCUAGAAGCUACUGCAAACAAACAACAUAACCAGGGUUUGCUGGAGAACCCUUCCCAAGCCUUACCAGAGGUGACCAAAGAAAACUAAUAAAGUCUGUUCCACCUUGAAAAAUGAUAGAAGGUGGACUUUUUUAUUUUUAGCCUGAGGAAGAGGAAUUUAUUUUUCGUUUGGCUCUGGGAUCUCAGAGGCAAGAGUCCCUGCCAUCACCCCGGAGGAUGCAGUCACAGAAACAAAUGUCAUUUAGUAUGUUUUAGAGAGGUGUUGGUAUAAUAUUCUUGUGGAAUGUACCCUUGUUCAUUCAAAUGCUGAUUUCUCUGCUGGUUUCAAUUCGGACAUUGCAUUGUGAUACUUAUUGUAAGCAUCACCUGUCUCAAGUUUGUGUAAACAUGCCACCAUUUGUUGUCAAUAAAACAACCAGCCAGCGCUG